GUCUGUCUGUCAGUUUCCUUCUUCUUCUUCUUCUUCCUCAGUCCACUCUGCCAUGAACCCUAGAUUUUCCUCUCCACUGCAACAAUAAUGCCGUCAUUUCCCAAGUAUUCCACGCGUGCAUCCCCGACGUUAUCUCGCACCUCUAGAUCGAGGGUCCUGAUCUUCUCCUGCCUCGUCCUCUUCGCACUUUCCGCCUUCAUCUUUUCCCUCACCGCGUUCUUCGAUCCCGGUCGCGGCGGCUACCGCUGCCUGACUGCUGACCCGAGAUCCGUCAAAGUCUUUUGGGACCGGAAGAGUAACGCCGGGGAUGAAAACAAAAUUAAUGAUGGAUUGAAGAGGCAAAAGGUGAUGGCUUUUGUUGGGAUACAGACGGGGUUUGGAUCAACGGGUCGGAGACGGUCCUUAAGGAAGACAUGGAUGCCCUCCGAUCGCCAAGGCCUCCAACGGUUGGAAGAGGCUACCGGUUUAGCUUUUAGGUUUGUAAUAGGUAGAACAAAUGACCAAUCAAAGAUGGCAGAGCUCAAAAAGGAGGUUGCAGAAUACGACGAUUUCAUGCUGUUAGAUAUAGAGGAGGAGUACAGUAAGCUCCCUUAUAAAACGUUAGCAUUCUUUAAAGCUUCCUAUGCGCUUUUUGACUCUGAGUUUUAUGUCAAGGCUGAUGAUGACAUAUAUUUGAGGCCAGAUCGCUUGUCACUUCUUUUAGCAAAAGAGCGACCUCACACUCAGACUUACCUCGGAUGCAUGAAAAAGGGGCCAGUUUUCACUAAUCCAAAGCUCAAAUGGUAUGAACCACAAUCCUAUUUGCUUGGCACAGAAUACUUUCUUCAUGCAUAUGGGCCUAUAUAUGCUCUUUCAGCUGAUGUUGUUGUAAGUCUGGUUUCCCUCAGAAACAAUAGUUUUCGGAUGUUUAGCAAUGAGGAUGUUACAAUUGGUGCCUGGAUGCUUGCAAUGAAUGUCAACCAUGAGGAUAACAAGCAACUGUGUGAAGCAGAGUGUACCCCAUCAUCUAUUGCCGUAUGGGAUAUUCCCAAGUGUUCAGGUCUAUGUAAUCCAGAGAAUAGGUUACUAGAACUCCAUCAGAAGGAGAUCUGCUCCAAUAGUCCAACCAUGGAAUCUGAUGAAUAGCUUCAUUGACCUAAACUUCAACUUCAUUUGAAGAGCUUCUUAAGGAAAUCACUUACUCUGCCACUGAUGCCAUAACGUUCUACUUUCUUCAACUAUUCCAACAACAACAAAUUUCCCCUUCUAACCCUUCAUGAUUUUUCUGUGCAUUAUAUCAUUUUGAACUAAAGAAGUUUACAGCACGAUUUUUUUUUUUGUAAUACAGUUCUGAAUCUGAUCACAUGUUCAAACUAAAUUCUCUGCCAGAAAGUUGUAUUGAAAUUUCAAAUUUUGCCAAUAGUUCAUGCUAAAGA